AUGGCUUACGGUAGUUUGACGAAAAUUCGAUUUCCCCAUGAGAGUCAGCUUUUUGAUUAUUUUUAUCAAAAAGUAAACAAGACGACGACGAAUAAUGAAAGAGAGGAAGAUGCUGAUGAUGUUGAUGAUGUUGAUGAUGGUGAUGACGAUGAUGAUGAUGAAGAUGAUGACGGUGAUGAUGAUGACGAUCAUCACAAUCGUCAUCAUCAUCGUGGUGACGAUGGUUUUGAUGAUGGCGAGUAUGUUGGUAACGAUGCGGAAGGCGACAAAAAAGGAGGAAGACGAGAUGAGUAA